AUGGCCGUUUCCCUAGCCUUGAACGACAGUGACCCUCUCUGCAAUAUCUGCACCGAAUUUGCCAUAGACGCACCGCAGGCGGACUACCAAAAAAGUACAGAGACUGUCCCACCAGUUGUGCUUUCACAGCGCUGGGAGGAACUGUCUGAGUACCGCCCGUUCUUUCGGCACCACGACACAUUUGACGAGCUUGUCGCAAGCGCCGGGACUGGCUGUGCGCUUUGUCGUAUCCUCGCCGACGACUUUGGGUCUAAGGGCGCCAAUGGAGAUGGCCAUCUAAGCCUACACUUGUUUUUUAGAACCCGGCCAUGCAAGUUCCUGGCUACUUUUGAGAAACGGAAAUCCCUCUGGUGGUAUUUCGGUCGUUGGGAGCCUCACGUAUUUAAUAUCGUCCAACAUCGGCCCUACGACCCCGUCAAAGAGUGUGUAUUCGAUGCCAAUGGAAUUGAAGUAGGGAAACCAGACCGCUUCUACCGCGCUAUCCCCAGAAGUUCAAACUCCCAAGAUGCGUUUGAUACCGCGCGCUACUGGCUAAAAAACUGCGCCGACAGCCACAAGAACUGUUCAAGACAAACGCAUAAUUCUCUGCCUACACGAGUUAUUUACGUUGGCGAGCCUCCGCUUUAUCAAGAGGUUCCAAGGCUCUACACUCAAACAGCCGGACAAUCCGACUCCUAUGUUGCACUCAGUCACUGCUGGGGGGGAAACAUUCCCUGCAAGCUGACGGAAGCGGUGCUCCAGAAAUACCAACAAGCGCUUCCCAUGAGCCAGCUCCCUCAAAACUUUCUGGAUGCCAUCAGCGUCACCCGCCAGCUCGGACUACGAUACAUAUGGAUCGAUGCUCUAUGCAUUAUUCAGGACUCGACUCUCGACUGGCAAGCCGAAGCGAGCAAGAUGGCAUCGUUCUAUAGCCAGGCUCUGGUUACUGUUUCAGCCCUUGAUUCUGACAAGAGCACCAAAGGAUUUCUCGGGGAUCGACAGCGCGGGUACGCAAAGAUAAGUCGCGGCUUUUCGGUAUGCCAGGAAGAGUUAAUGGCUGUCGACGUCUUGGACCGGAGUGCGCUUGAUACGAGGGGUUGGUGCAUGCAAGAACGUCUGCUAUCGCCGGCCUUGCUGCACUUCAGCAACGAGCAGUUGGUGUGGGAGUGCCAGGAGGGUCUCAUAUUUGAACAAAACGGAAUGGUCAGGAGCAGGAGCACCAACAGGGGCGACGUAGCCGACGACCUCACAAAUUCAUUCAUCGUCCUGCGUCGGAACUAUAACACCGGCACUAUCAGCCCUAAAUUCGAGGCUUGGUAUGAGCUGGUAGAAGAGUUCAGCAGUCGAAACCUCACGGUCGACGCGGACAUUUUGCCCGCCAUCGCAGGAGCUGCAAUCCGCUUCCGUACUUUGACCGGCAGAGACCACACCAGCACCGGUAAAAGCACAUACGUUGCAGGCCUGUGGGAGGAAGACCUGCACCGCGGCUUGUUCUGGGGCGCGAGAAACAAAAAGCAGUGUGAAACUCGAGUGAAGAGAAGCCUCGAUUUCCAUCGCUUGUCGAAGCCCACCACCCCGUGUUUCCCGAGCUGGAGCUGGGCGAGCGUCAGAGGACCGGUUCAGUUUUAUUCUAAAUCCCCACGCAUAGAUCCACAGCGCUGGCGGGACUUUGAAAUCCUGGGUGUCAACGUUAGCCGUGGCCGCGAUGAUCUGAUGGCGACAGAGGCGCAAGGCGAGCUACGCAUUCGCGCGCCUCUAAUACAGUUGUGGUACGAGGCCCCCACUGCUGGCAAUAGCGGUCAUUCAGGAACGGUCAAGUUUGAACAGGGUGGUGAUUAUUAUCAUCCUCAUUCGACUAGACUCGCUGAAACGGAAGCGGUCAUGGACUCCAACCAGCUUGAGUCGCGGGACAACAGGUUCCGUCGCAUAGGAUAUGCGGUGACAUAUAUGUGGUUAAAUGACCAGGAUUUCGCUCGCUUCGAGGUAGUAGAGUUCACACUUGUAUAG